GACAACAACUCUUGGACCACAAGUCUACGUCUUUCGGGUCUCUUAUGUAAUCAUAAUCAUUAAUUUGGAAGCCCGUAAAUUGUAAUAUAUCUUGUACUUCUUAUAACGCUUGACCCGGGACGUGAUGGCGAGGCUUCCGCUUAGUCGCAAUCCGUAUCGCACCACCCUCUCGUCGUUGGUACUUGUUCGUUCGGCUCGACGCUUUGUACCGGCUUCUUCUGGAAAGCACUUGUUGUUGUUCUCGACUACUAGUUCCCGGCACCGUCAGUCUUCACGUAUUGCAAGCAGCGAGAUGCCGGUGGAGAAGGACCCUGUUGUUGCUGCUGGACAGCAGGCCCACGAGCGGCUGCUGACGAUCGAUGGCAUCAAGGAGCGGAGGGCAAGGGCAGGCAAGCUAUUUGCUCCUACGGCGUCUUAUUCCGAUAGUGACAUGUUCAAGUCUCCUCAAGCACGCGAUAAGCCCAAAGCAAAACGAUGGGAUCACCGUCUCAGCCAAGAGUCCAUCGCCCGGGAAGCCUGCGUGCUCAAGCUAGCAGCCAAGCACCUCAAGAAGCCCGGGCUCAUCUCCCUCGGCGGCGGCCUGCCGUCGGCGGAGAACUUCCCCAUCGACUCCCUGAGCAUGCGCGUGCCCACGCCGCCUCGCUUCACCGAAGCGGAGACGGCGUCGUCGGGCCAGGAAGUCAGGAUAGGCAAGUACGACGUUGCGAAGGACGAAAACGGCGGCGUGCACGACUUGUCCAUCGCCAUGAACUACGGCCAGUCCAUCGGCUCCGCCCAGCUGCUGCGCUGGGUCACCGAGCACACGGAGCUCGUCCACCGCGGCCUGCCGUACGCGGACUGGCGCUGCGCCCUGACCAUCGGCAGCACGGGCGCCCUCGAGCAGGCGCUGCGCAUGUUCUGCGACCGCGCGAGGCGCGACUCCCUGCUCACCGAAGAAUACAGCUUCUCCACCGCCCUCGAGACCACGGCCCCCUUGGGCAUCAAGGUAUUCGGCGUGCGUCUGGACGCGCAGGGCCUGCUGCCCGAGAGCAUGGACGAGAUGCUGUCGUCCUGGGACGAGGCGUCCCGAGGCGCUAGGAAGCCCGCCUUGUUAUACACGGUGCCCUCGGGGCAGAACCCCACCGGCGCGACGCAGAGCGAGCAGCGGCGCCGGGAUAUCUACGCCGUGUGCCAGAAGCACGACGUGUACAUCCUCGAGGACGAGCCGUACUACUUCCUGCAGAUGCAGCCGUACACCGCCGGGCCCGACGCGCCCGCGGUCCCGCCCCCGGCUACCGUGGAGGAGUUCCUCGACAGCCUGGUGCCUAGCCUGCUCAGCAUGGACGUGGACGGGCGAGUGAUGCGCCUGGACUCGUUCAGCAAGGUUGUCGUGCCGGGGUCGCGGGUCGGCUGGAUUACGGCCAGCGAGCAGAUCGUCGAGCGGUACAUCCGGCACGCCGAGUGCUGCAGCCAGGGCCCCAGCGGGCUCGCCCAGAUCCUCAUGUACAAGCUCGUGGACGAGACGUGGGGGCACGAGGGGUAUCUGAGGUGGCUGAUGCACCUGCGGCUCGAGUACACGCGGCGAAGAGACACGAUCCUCGCCGCGUGCGAGAAGCAUCUACCUCGCGACAUCGUGAGCUGGGUCCCGCCGGCCGCGGGAAUGUUCCUCUGGCUCAAAGUCGACCACACGCAACACCCGCAAGCCUCGACGAAAUCCGUCCUCGAGAUCGAAGAAGACAUCUUCAACUCGUGCAUCGACAAGGGCGUCCUCGCCAUCCGCGGGUCCUGGUUCCGCGCCGAGCGCGACCAGCCUCCCAGCGGCCUCUUCUUCCGCACCACGUUCGCCGCCGCCUCCGAGGCCGCUAUGGACGCUGCCAUCGAGCGUUUCGGCGCCGCUGUGCGCGAGAGCUUUUCUACUACUACCGCCAACGGUUAUUAAGUUGAAAGAAAGAAAGAAGGAAGGAAGGAAAGAAAAUUCGCAUAUGUGCUUAGGACGAUUACUACCUACUUACCUAUACUUACUUACUAGCUGCCGUUGGAGUUGGAGUUGGAGUUGGAGCCGUGAUACUUACUUUACCCCCCUUGGUCGUGUAAUUAAAUAUACAUACAUACAACUCGCAUACAUAGGACAUAGAUGGAUGGACGGGAACGGAAGACCUCUACAUACAUAGCUGGCUCUAGCUCAUGCACCAUCUACCGGCGAAUCAGACACAGGUGGCUUGUAUGACGUGUGGGCUGCUGCAGUGUGAAAUAUCCAAUAUAUCGAAUUAAUCUGUAUGGUCAGACGCUUGGCCG